GCAAUCCCCAGAGUAGGAAGCAAGCUGCAGGGCCAGAGACCAGCAGAACGCAAGGUCUGCAAGGGAAGUUGCAGGCAAGGCUGGCCACUGCAGUUCCCGGGCUCCCACCUCCCCGCAAUGCUUCCUGUGGCUUCUGGCACUAGGGGCAGCAGCCCGGACCAGUUCCAGGUUGACCUAGCACCUCCAGGAAAUGCAAGAGAUGUCCUACUGUUACAUGAAGAAGAUGAUGAAAUUUGGGCCCUCUACUUGAGAGAUAUAUUUUCACAAGUUAUAGAAAGAGAAGCAAUCCUGUUGUAUCCCUUGUACAGUUUUUCUUCUUCUUCACAUUUGGAAGUGCUAAACUUAAAUGCUUACAAAUGUAAACUUCUGAUAUUAUCUAAUAGUCUACUUAAAGAUCUGACACCAAAGAAGUGUCGCUUUCUCGAGAAGAUACUUCACUCAACAGGAAGUUUUAUGAUUAUGCUUCGUGGAAUGGAGAGCUCAGAUCCUUUCUAUCAACGAUUAAGUAUCCCCAGAAGGGGAUUGGAGAUCACAAUAGAGCAGCAUCCCGACGAAUACAUGCAUACCAUCAUAAGAAUCUUAAACCAAGAAGAACCAACAAGAAAGAAGAAACACCCCACGCCGGGCCUGGCACAAGCAUGUCCUGAAGACUACCUUGAGGUCAGCAUUCCAACAGACUCAAGAGCCAAACAUUCUGAGGUCAUAAGUGGACAGAAGGGAGCUGAUGACCUAACCGCUUUGAGGGCAUCUGAGUCUCCAGUGCUCGUGUUUCCGGGGGAGAUGCCAUGUGAGAAGCCUGGUGAGAUAUUCAUUCUGUUGAAAGAUGAACUAAUUGGUGAAAUUCUAGAGGUUGAAUUUGUAUCAGCCAGCAAGCGCCUCAGAGCACGGCCAGCACGUUGGAAUAAGAAUGUCUGGCAUAUGAAAGCUGCAGAUUUUCCAGCUGGUUCAGUCACUGUCAAUAUCCACUGCGAUGGAAUCAUCAAGGCCACAACAGAGAUUAAAUACUGUUCAGCAGCAAAAGCAACAGAAAGUCCACUUAGAGUAUCGGACCCGGGCAAGAGUUUGUGCCAGACAAGCAUCGAAGAGCUUGAUAAUGUUCUUGCAUCUAUAUUCAAGCGCGAGAUACCAUAUUAUGAAUUCAAACAUCUCCAAACUGAAACUUACCCUCAAAAAGAACAUGCUCAAAUCCCAGAGCUCCCAACACUUCUCCAUUGUGCAGCAAAAUUUGGCUUAAAGAAUCUGGCUCUUCAUCUGCUGCAGUGUUCAGGAGCAACCUGGGCCGCUAGGAUGACGUCUAUGGAUGGUUCAGACCCGCUGCAUAUUUCUGAAAGACAUGGUCAUGAAGAACUCAAGAAAAUCUUUGAAGACUUUCUCAGCCAGAACGCUGGCAGGAAUAAGGAGCAAGGAAACAACUAUGAAGAGGAUGUAAUCUCAUUUUCCACAUAUUCACCCUCCAUGCAGUCUCCAGCAUCUCACCAUGAACUCAGGAAGACACACAGUUGGAGCACAGGCAGAUGUGAGGAAUCUGGAAGGUCUGUCGACAAAAAGGAGGAAGAAGCAAGUGCUGAGGCAAGACCCAUCCUGCCAGAGGUCGACAGGGAAAGCUCCGAGAACCAAUAUGAUGAUCUGUAUGUGUUCAUCCCUGGGUUUGACACCGAAGGCAACUCUGAAGAGCCUCUCCCACCCUGCAGGCCACCUCUGCCCCCACCACGACCAGGGGCUGCUGCCUCCCAACUAGAAAGACCUCAUUUUACCUCACAAGGGAAAGUGCUGGAAAACCAAAUGGAAAGAAGUCACAACAGGAAUGAUCUCCAUGCAAGACAAGAGACAAGAGAGGAUCCCAGCAGAGAAGAAAAGGAAGAAGCACAGGAGGAGGAGGAAGAAGAAAACCCAUAUGCAUUUGCAGAGACUGAAGAUAAUGAGUAUGACCUGAUCCUGGCCAGUAAGAGUGUAAAGAAAAGAACUGGAAAUCGGUCUUUCAUUAUAAACAGACCACCAGCCCCCGCACCCCGGCCUACUCACAUCCCUCUCAAAGAAGAAACAACACCUUACAUAGCUCAAGUGUUCCAACAAAAGGCAGCCAGAAGACAAUCUGAUGGUGAUAAGUUCUACAGUCUCCCUAAAAAACCCGAGAAAACUCGGAUGGAGGGCCCAACUUUCCCUAGUACAAGGGAUUAUCUGACCACUGGGCAGGAAGAACUGAUCCUCCUGCAGGAGAGAGUCAAGAAGGGGAAACUGUCUGUGGAUGAAGCUCUAGAGAAGUUUAGACACUGGCAGAUGGGAAAGAGUGGUCUGGAAAUGAUUCAGCAGGAAAAGCUACGCCAGCUCCGAGACAACAUUAUUGGGAAAAGGCCAGAAGAUGAAAAUGCCUAUGAUAAACUGACCAUUGUGCACCAUCCUAGUGGUAAUACUGCCCACAAUGAAAAUACGUUGCACAACAGUCCCUGUAACAGUAAGUUUCCUGCUCGAAUCCAAGUUGAAAAGGAAUUUGGUGUCUACUGCAAAAAAGAUCAUUAAAAAAGACUAUUAUAAUCAAACUCAAGAAUCUGCAAACAUGUUGUGCCUAGAUGAAGUAAGCCUGAUUCUGGAAUAUCUUGUCUGCAGGGCAAAUCUACAUGUACAGAGGAUGCAAGUGUGCCUUUGGAUUUCAGAAUGUGUUAGCACCACAAUGUUGGUAUUUUGCCACUUCAGAUGAAUAUAACAAAAGAUGGAGACUUAUAGCAUUCUCUGAAAAUCCAUUAAUUUUUCCCACAACUUUUGCCACUGGAGCACCUCGGUUUCCCAUCUUGAAAAUUAAAGAAAAAAAUCAGCAAAGUUAAUUCAGUCUAGCAAAAUUGUGGAACCAAUCUAUAUAGACUAUUCUUCCCAUUCUCCCUCCCCUUCAACUAAGAACUUCUUAUAUAUUUGCUCUUUAAAUGACAGUCUCCUGUCUGCCUUUCUCACAUUUAGAGCCAUAAUGUUCUUGUGAUACUGUGCUUUCAGGUAGCUUUUUUUAUUUAGUGCCUAUUGGCAUGUACCUUUGAAAUGGACUUUUAGUCACAGUAUUCUUUAGUUGAUGCUGUUUGGGUGAUAAGCAAACACUCUGCCAGUGAACCAGUGAACCGGUCUUCAGCCCUCUACACUGUUUUCUAAAGUCAUGUUAAUUCUAUUAAUGAUGUGCACUGUGAUAUUUCAGAACAUGGAUGCAUCACACAUUGCCUGUGUUUACCCUCUACUCUUCUAGAUGGUCUUUUCCCAUGCCUUCUUGCCCCCAAGUCCUUACUAAAUGUCUUUCUCUCAAAAUAAAAAAAAAAAAUGCUUUUGCAAAUUGUA